AUGGAAGGGAACAGUCUACCUCUAGCGCAAUAUCUGUUCAAGCGUCUGCGACAGUUGGGCGUGCAUUCUGUCUUUGGAGUGCCCGGCGACUACAACUUGACACUUCUGGACCAUGUGGUACCUUCGGGACUCAAUUGGAUCGGAAACUGCAACGAGCUGAAUGCAGGAUACGCGGCGGAUGGAUAUUCCCGGCUCAAAGGUGUGGGUGCGGUAGUGACUACUUUCGGUGUCGGCGAGCUGUCUGCAAUCAAUGCAAUCGCAGGCGCUUAUGCAGAGAGAGCCCCAGUCGUGCAUAUUGUCGGAACGCCAACACGAGCCUCUCAGGAGUCGCACGCAAGGAUUCACCAUACAUUCAAUGACGGUGACUACCAGCGGUUCGACUCCAUGCAAGAACAUGUCACCGUGGCGCAAGUCAGCCUAAAUGAUCAUCGUACGGCAACCUCCGAGAUGGACUGGGCGUUGCUGCAGUGCGUGCUCCAUAGCCGACCUGUUCGCAUUGCGAUUCCGGUUGACAUGGUGGCCGUCCCUGUUCCAGCAGUCAAGUUGGCUUUGGAAAUCCAGAAACAGAUCCCGCCAUCCAUAAGGCAUCCGCAGGAAGAAGCGGUCCUUUGUACUAUCCUUGAAAGGAUGUACGGUAGCAGGAAGCCAAUGCUUCUGGUUGACGGAGAGGCGCGAGCGUUAAACAUCACUGAUGAGGUUGAUCAAUUUGUCCGAUUAACCGGUUGGCCAACAUUUACUUCUGGGUUUGGCAAGGGAUUGGUUGACGAGACAUUGCCUAAUGUCUAUGGAGUCUGUACGCCCAUCCAUAAGCCAUUUCUUGAUUCUUGUGAUCUGGUUUUGGUUUUCGGCCCACAUUUUAGCAACACGAAUACCUUCAACUUCUUGCUCCAGCCGCGGGACGAGACAUCUAUCGUACUGGGUUCCAGCUCCGUACAAAUCCAGAAGGAUGUCUUUCGGGACCUGCCAGUCAAGAAUCUCAUCCAGCAGCUGAUACAAAGAACCGAUGUGCACAAGGUUCCGGCCCACCACCAUGACCUCCUGCACCCUGCAAUAGGUGUUAGAUCACUUCCCAACGUGACUCCUACCGACCCUGUGACGCAGACCGCGGGAUUCUGGAAGCGGCUAUCCCCAUUUUUUCGCCCCAUGGACAUUAUACUUGCGGAGACGGGAACACCGGCCUAUGGAUCCAACGACUUUAUGCUCCCGCCCCAGACCCAUGUAUUCAAACCGGUCACUUGGCUGUCAAUUGGCUACAUGCUUCCAGCAGCACUAGGAGCGAGCCACGCGCAGAGGGAUUUAGUAGCAUGUGAUCAGUCCUCCGGCCACUCUAACCCGCGAACCAUUUUAUUUAUUGGUGAUGGCAGCUUUCAGAUGACUGUCCAAGAGCUAAGUACGAUCAUCCAUCAAGGGCUUAAUGUGAUUGUUUUCUUGAUCAACAAUGACGGGUACACUAUUGAGCGGUGCAUCCAUGGCCGAAAGCAAGCAUAUAAUGAUAUUGCCCCGUGGCGAUACUUGAAAGCUCCAGAGUUUUUUGGGGCAAACCAGGAGGAAAGCCGGGGACAGCGCAACGCGAAUGGAACGUGGCAGAUACGAACCUGGGCGGAUUUCAAUUCGGUCUUGCAGGAUGAAGAGCUCGCGGACGGCAAAGGGCUACGGAUGGUGGAAGUUUUUAUGGAUAGGCUUGAUGCGCCUGAUGUACUCUUGAGCUUGUUGAACGCGCAGGUUCGAAGGGAGGAUGCCGCCAAGAUGUAGUGGUUUUGUCCUUGUUUCUCUUCUCUGGUCGUUAGGCUUGCGCUUCAUCGGCGAUAGGCGAUUGUCCCAGCAGACUCCUAACCCUUAACGCCGAAAUGCGGGGAUGACUUGUUAAAUCAGCAAAACAAACGCUGCUCAGCUUGGCAGCUUCAUAGCUCAGAG